AUGGACCGACCUGCUUCCACCAACAAAGAGUUCGUCCUGUGCUUCGACGGCACAGGAUACAAAUUCCGCGGCGACGAUACAGAUAGCAAUGUGAUUAAAAUAUACAGAAUGCUCGACCGCAACAAACCAUCCCAAUUCCACUACUACCAGCCCGGCAUCGGAACCUACACGACCUCAAUAUGGCAGAGCUACGAAGCGCACAAGAACCGGCUUAAACGGUGGUUUCUCAACACGAAAGAUGCAGCUGUGGGGACUACAUUCGAUGAACACGUCAUGGAUGGGUAUCGAUACCUCAUGCGCUUUUACUGUCCCGGGGACUGUAUCUACAUCUUCGGUUUCAGCCGCGGGGCGUAUGUCGCGCGCAUGGUCGCCGAGAUGCUAGACCAUAUUGGACUCUUAGAGGCAGGGAAUGAGGGGAAAGUAGGCUACGUGUGGAAUAUAUACAGCCAGUGGGCGAAACAGAGUAACAGCAUCGACACCGAACAAGCCGAGAAGGACAGACUGUAUGAGUAUAUGAAAGCACUGCGGGAGACAUUCUGCCGUCCUGUAUCGCAGGUACGCUUCCUGGGCUUGUUCGAUACGGUUAACAGUAUUCCGCGGUUUGAGGUGAAUCGCAAUAAAUUUCUGUUUCCUUAUACGGCGAAGACGUCGGCAAGGGUUAUUCGGCAUGCCGUUGCGAUUGACGAACAUCGGGCGAAGUUUCGGGAGGAUCUCUUGUCGGACUCGAAUCCGAAUAUUAGCGAGAAGGAGAGGAAGAGGCGUGCUCGAAUGCAGGGGGAUGGACAGCUUCAGCAGGGGCAUUACAGUGGUGAGGCGUUCUAUCGGCCUUCUCGUCGGCAGACUGUGGAUUCUGGUGAUAGGACGCUUACGGGGUCGCCGAGGGCUUCGUACGACGCCGGUGGCUGUUCUGAAGACACGAGCUAUGACCAGGACAUCGAGGAGGUGUGGUUCGCUGGAUCCCACGCUGAUAUUGGGGGUGGAGUCAAAUUAGACGACGACGAUGAAUGCUUCGGGCUGAGCCAUGUGCCCUUGGUAUGGAUGGUGAACGAAGCGCAGCGCGCAGGGCUGAAAUUCGACCCUGAGAAAAGAAAGCUAUUCCACUGCUUCGACGAUUCAGAGGAUACUUAUCUUCCAGGCGCUGAGAAAGCAACGGGCGAUCAACAAGAGACGACUGAAAGAUCACAGUUCAGGUCCGCUCUAUGGCGAGCAGCUACCACCAGCCGUAUACAUGACUUCCUCCGGUACGGUCAGGGUGUCGCGUGGUCCACUGUUCUCACUUGGAAGAUCGUCGAGUAUCUCCCCCUUCGCAGGAUGGGCUUGCAGGAGGAUGGAUCGUGGAGGCCCGUUCGAUGGCCUGUGCCUCUUGGGGAGAGACGCGAUGUCCCCAAGGAUGCGAGAGUCCAUGCAUCAGCUAUUCGCCGCAUGCAAGCCAAUUCGAAUUACCGGCCGGACAAUCUGAUCCGUGGGAAACGGUGGAAGAAGAAAUGUCCGCAGGAAUAUGGGAUAGGGACAUGGGAGGUGUAUGCUCAUCACGGCUGUCCUAUUCGAGAAACAUACAAGAAGAUGCCUGACACUACAGGAUGUAGUGGCUCGGUCUGA